AUGACGUUCCCGACCCGAACGGAUUACGGGGUCGUAUCCGCCGCGUUGAUACUGGAGCUUCUGCCGGUAGUGAAGUUUUCUGAUUUAGGUGAGUCUGAAAUUACAGAGAAUUGCGCGGUUUGUUUGUAUGAUUUUGAAGGUGAUGAUGAAAUCCGACGGCUAACGAAUUGCCGGCAUAUAUUCCACCGGAGUUGCCUGGACCGUUGGAUGGAUCACGAUCAGAAGACGUGCCCACUUUGCCGGACGCGGGUCUUUCCCGAGGAUUUGCAGGAUUCUUUGAAUGAAAACUUGUGGGAGGCCGCUGGGAUUUUUGAUUACUACGGCGAGUAA